CGCGGUCCCGCCCCCUUCCCUGCCUACCGGUAGCCUGCAGUGGCGACGUCUCUUGGAGGGAUGGAGGCAUCCGAGCCGGUGGCCACACCUCAGGGGGAAGAGGCGUCCUGCUCUUCCUGGGGGGCCGGCAGUACAAAUACAAAUUUGCCCAUUGUAUCAGCAGAAUCUGUGGAGAUUGAUGAUGCAUUAUACAGUCGACAGAGGUACGUUCUUGGAGACACAGCAAUGCAGAAGAUGGCCAAGUCCCAUGUUUUCUUAAGUGGAAUGGGCGGUCUUGGUUUGGAAAUUGCAAAGAAUCUUGUUCUUGCAGGAAUUAAGGCACUUACCAUUCAUGAUACAGAAAAAUGCCAAACAUGGGAUCUAGGAACCAACUUCUUUCUCUGUGAAGAUGAUGUUGUUAAUAUGAGAAACAGGGCUGAAGCUGUACUUCAACAUAUUGCAGAACUAAAUCCAUAUGUUCAUGUCACAUCAUCUUCUGUUCCUUUAAAUGAAACCACAGAUCUCUCCUUCUUAGAUAAAUACCAGUGUGUAGUAUUGACUGAGAUCAAACUUCCGUUGCAGAAGAAGAUCAAUAACUUUUGCCAUUCUCAUUGCCCUCCAAUUAAGUUCAUCAGUGCAGAUAUACAUGGAAUUUGGUCACGGUUGUUUUGUGAUUUCGGUGAUGAAUUUGAAGUUUCAGAUACAACAGGAGAAGAGCCAAAAGAAAUUUUCAUUUCAAAUAUAACACAAGCUAAUCCUGGCAUUGUCACCUGCCUUGAAAAUCAUCCUCACAAGCUUGAGACUGGGCAGUUUUUAACAUUUCGAGAAGUUAAUGGAAUGACAGGCUUAAAUGGAUCUACACAACAAAUAACUGUGGUAUCACCAUUUUCUUUUAGCAUUGGUGAUACUACAGAACUGGAACCUUAUUUACAUGGAGGCAUAGCUGUCCAAGUUAAGACUCCUAAAACAUUUUGCUUUGAACCAUUGGAGACUCAGAUAAAACAUCCAAAAUGCCUUAUUGCAGAUUUUAGUAAACCUGAGGCACCUUUACAGAUUCACACAGCAAUGCUUGCCUUGGACCAGUUUCAGGAGAACUGUAGUCGCAAGCCAAAUAUUGGGUGCCAACAAGAUUCAGAAGAGCUCUUGAAACUAGCAACGUCUAUAAGUGAAACCUUGAAAGAGAAGCCAGAAGUAAAUGCUGACAUUGUGCAUUGGCUCUCUUGGACUGCUCAAGGUUUUUUACCCCCACUUGCUGCCACAGUAGGAGGUGUUGCCAGCCAAGAAGUAUUGAAAGCCGUGACAGGGAAGUUUUCUCCGUUGUGCCAGUGGUUAUACAUUGAAGCAGCAGAUAUUGUUGAAUCUCUAGACAAACCUGAACGUGAACAGUUUCUCCCACGAGGAGAUAGAUAUGAUGCCUUACGAGCUUGCAUUGGAGACACUUUGUGUCAGAAGCUACAAAAGUUGAAUAUCUUUUUAGUAGGAUGUGGAGCCAUAGGCUGUGAAAUGUUAAAAAAUUUUGCUUUACUUGGUGUUGGUACAAGCAAAGAAAAAGGAAUGGUUACAGUUACAGAUCCUGACUUGAUAGAAAAAUCCAACUUGAAUAGACAGUUCCUAUUUCGGCCUCACCACAUACAGAAACCUAAAAGCUAUACUGCUGCCGAUGCAACCCUCAAAAUAAAUCCUCAAUUAAAGAUAGAUGCACACUUGAAUAAAGUAUGUCCAGCUACUGAGGCUAUUUACAAUGAUGAGUUCUAUACUAAACAAGAUAUAAUUAUUACAGCAUUAGAUAAUGUGGAAGCCAGGAGAUAUGUAGACAGCCGUUGCUUAGCAAAUCUACGACCCCUCUUAGAUUCUGGAACAAUGGGCACUAAGGGACACACUGAAGUUAUUGUACCUCAUUUAACUGAAUCCUAUAAUAGUCAUCGGGAUCCCCCAGAAGAGGAAAUACCAUUUUGUACUCUAAAAUCCUUUCCAGCUGCUAUUGAACAUACUAUACAGUGGGCAAGAGAUAAGUUUGAAAGUUCCUUUUCCCAUAAGCCUUCAUUAUUUAACAAAUUUUGGCAAACUUAUCCAUCUGCAGAAGAAGUCUUACAGAAGAUUCAAACUGGGCACAGUUUAGAAGGCUGUUUUCAAGUUAUUAAGUUACUUAGCAGAAGACCUAGAAGUUGGUCCCAGUGUGUAGAAUUAGCAAGAUUAAAAUUUGAAAAAUAUUUUAACCAUAAGGCUCUUCAGCUUCUUCACUGUUUUCCUCUAGACACACGAUUAAAAGAUGGCAGUUUGUUUUGGCAAUCACCGAAGAGGCCCCCUUCUCCAAUAAAAUUUGAUUUAAAUGAACCUUUGCACUUCAGUUUUCUUCUGAAUGCUGCAAAACUAUAUGCUGCAGUCUAUUGCAUUCCAUUUAGAGAAGAGGACUUAUCAGCAGAUGCCCUCUUGAAUAUUCUUUCUGAAGUAAAGAUUCAAGAAUUCAAACCUUCUAACAAGGUUGUUCAAACAGAUGAAACUGCGAGGAAACCAGACCAUGUUCCUAUUAGCAGUGAAGAUGAAAGGAAUGCUGUUUUCCAACUAGAAAAGGCUAUUUCAUCUAAUAAAGCUACCACAAGUGAUCUUCAGGUGGCAGUGCUUUCAUUUGAAAAAGAUGACGAUCGCAAUGGACACAUAGAUUUCAUUACAGCUGCAUCGAACCUUCGUGCCAAAAUGUAUAGUAUUGAACCAGCUGACCGUUUUAAAACAAAGCGCAUAGCUGGUAAAAUUAUACCUGCUAUAGCAACAUCCACUGCUGCAGUUUCUGGCUUGGUUGCAUUGGAGAUGAUCAAAGUAGCUGGUGACUAUCCGUUUGAAGCUUACAAAAAUUGUUUCCUUAACUUAGCCAUUCCAAUUAUAGUGUUUACAGAGACAUCUGAAGUAAAAAGAACUGAAAUCAGAAAUGGAAUAUCAUUUACAAUUUGGGACAGAUGGACUAUACAUGGAAAAGAAGACUUCACCCUCUUGGAUUUCAUAAAUGCAGUCAAAGAGAAGUAUGGAAUUGAACCAACAAUGGUGGUACAGGGAGUCAAAAUGCUUUAUGUUCCUGUAAUGCCGGGUCAUGCAAAAAGAUUGAAGUUAACAAUGCAUAAACUUGUGAAACCUUCUACUGAAAAGAAAUAUGUGGAUCUUACUGUGUCAUUUGCUCCAGACACUGAUGGAGAGGAAGAUUUGCCUGGACCUCCAGUAAGAUACUAUUUUAGUCAUGACACUGAUUAACAGAAGUUGUCUUAAAUUUAUUCCAGGACUACUUGAUUUUGGAAAGAUUGCACUUAAUUCAGGAAUGAAAAAAAAAAUCAAUUCAUAAUACUAUGGAUUUCUCUUUGAUGAAGCCUUAAUUUAAGGGAAACAUCAGUAGAAAACUACAGUGAAGAAUUUUAAAGCAUUUUGAAAUAUAAUCUAUACUUGUCUAGUGCUUCAUAUGUGAAUAUGAACACAAGCAAUUUUGAACUGGACUGAUGUUUUGUAAUGCUUACGAAAAAUUUCUAUAUUAACCUCUCUGGAUAAAAAGAAGGAAAAAAAUAUGUAUCCAUCACCAGAAGAGAUAAAAGAUCAAGAAAUUCAAAGUAACAAAUGCAACUAUCCAAAAAGUUUAAUCUUACUUUGUGAAUUUUUUUGUUGUUGUUCACUAUUUGAGACCCAAUUUUUCUAUACAAAUAGUGUUUGGCACCCUGCACCUCUUAUAAUUAGGCUUUUGAGUUUAACACCAGUGGGAAAAGGAGAGAUGGUAGCAGUGAAUGAAGAGUAGUCAUUUUAAAUUGUAUGGUUACAGUUUACUGUCCUGCUAAUUUAACUGGAGUUUGUUAAUAGCACUAUCUCCCAAAAAUCAGGAUCUCUGUUGAUAGCAUCAGUGUUGUAACCCAUGAGGAGGAAGUCAGAUGACACAUGUUAACUUGUAUUAAAUGUUAACAGUAUUAUAUGAACUCCGACAACCCUCUUAGAGGGUCCAUGAAUGUGAACAGAUAAGUGUGGCUAAUCAUUUGGUUCUUCAAUAUGCCUUCUAAUGUGGCUAUUUUAUUUAUUUGGAACUCUAAACCUGAUUGUGAUAGUAUAUAAGACUAAAAGGUUUUGUAAAGGGAGUGUCCUUAGAAGUAGAUGAAAAUUAGCAAUUAAAAAAAAUCAUUACUAGUUGAGUCUUAAUUUUUUUUUCUUCCAGCAACCUAAUGGACAGAAAAAAAAUAUUUUAUUUUAAAGGGAAACAUACUGUUUUAUUCUGCAUUCCCAGAAAGGGAGUUGACAAAGAUAAAAAUUUAUUUUUUUAGGUCUUUAUUGAUAGAAACUUUCUGUUUUCUGAUAGGAGAUAUUACAGAAAAUUCAUAUAAAUGCUUUCAUUAAAAUGAUAUAAAAUGUACUCAACACUGUAAACUUGGUAAAAACAGCAAUUUGUUUUAUUUCUCAGGCUAUCAUGCAUUCUAAAGCAAUUGGCAUUUUGUAACCACAGGAAGUCACUUCCCUCUAGCUGCUUUUAGUCUGAUCUCUUGUUCAGGCCAUUAAUAGGUACUUUGAUAAACUCAAAACUAGAUUUACAUCAGUAUUACUCCUAUUUGGUAUCUUUUUAUACUCUCUACUUAACUUUCCUUUUAUUUCAUUUAUAAAUAGUUGAAAUUACUUUGUCAACCGGCUGUAUUGUUUCAUUGUUUUGUAAAAGUAUCAUCCAAUUGGGAAAAUAUAUUUGGGAGUGGAAGGUGAAUUUGUAUGAAUAAAAGGAUACUCUGCAUUGGAGGCAAGGAUAGGUGGACGGGAUGAAUUUAAAGGAAAUGGAUACCCUUUAAAUAAGCAAUUUUUGUUCAAGUAUAGUGUUUAAAAUUCCUUAAAAUUGAAUUCAGAACAUCAGAGCUCUAUGGCUUAGAACUCUUAAGGCUAGCAAUAAUAAAAGGACUUUUCUAUAAGAAGCCUUUUCCCCAUUUUCAUUUUGCUUUGUAUGAUAGUAACAGAUGUUUUCCAGGUAGCCAUUCAGUAAUCGUCAACUAUGAUCUAAUAGCUUGCUUAUAUUUUAUUUAAAUCUCCACGUCUUUUCAGAAGUAAAUUUGGAACCAUGCUAUCAGUUCUUAUUUAUAGUGAUCAGUGCUUUAAUACACAUAAACAAAACCAACAAGGAUUAAGUUCAUUUUGUGAUUAAACCUGAAAUCAUUUUAUCAUUGCUUUUUUUUUUUCCCCAUAGGUAAUGGUUAUUGCCAUUAAUCUCUAUUUAGUUCUACUAAGCUGGAAAGCCAGGGUGUGAAGUUAAUGACAAUUUUUUUUCAUUAUUUGUUUUAUUUCUGUACCAUGAGAUCACUUUUGGUGAUUAAAAUACCAGGUGCAAAAAUUAUUUGAUUUUGUAUGGUACCACUGAGUGAUUUUUUACUUAUUAAAAAUAAAUUAAGAAA